AUGAGAGAGCCCAACAUUCAAAGAAAGAAACUUACACCAAAGAAACCGACACCUAAGGUAUCAGAUAUUCUAUCCCCAGAAGAACUUAUAAAUGAAAUUACCCAAGAUGGAAACCUUAGCAAUAUCAACAAAUGUUAUCACACUUUCAAGGAUUAUGAUAAGGGAACAAUUGAGGAAAGUAUCAUUCUACAUCUUGAUAUUUACAAGAGAGUUUUAUUUGAGGUCAUUGAUGAUUUGCCUAAUGAUCUUUAUCUGAGACUUGAGGCAAAAAGAAUGUCUAUAAUGGAGCUUGAGAAUAAAUUAAAAGUUGAAGCAUUGUUGGUGGUUCACCCUGUCAAUUCCCUGCAAGAGAUUGAUGAAUUGAAUGCAGAAGCCAACCGGUCAGUUUUUGCUAGUAGUCACUGGCAGAAAAGUGAUAAGGGUAAGAACAAAGUUGGUGGUAUUCCUGACUUGACUAUCAAGAAUAGCCUACCCCCACCGGCUGAAGACACACCACCAGUAGUGGAAGAGAAACAAGUUGAGGAGCAAGAAAAGGAACAGAAAAUUGAACCUAUACAUUUUGACACUCAGCAGAAGGUAGAGAAACUGACAGAGAAAGAACCUGAACAUAGUAUAGCUGAACUAACAGUCAGUAAGGCAAAAAGUAAGGAUGACAGUAAGGUUGAAAAAAAAGUUGAAACACAUAGUAAGCAAAAGGAAGAAACAUUGGAUAAAGAAAAGGUCAAUUAUGGAAGUAAGAUAGCUCAAGUGUCGAUUGAUAAGAUUAAGGAGGAGACAAUUAGAGAAAGGGUAAAUAAGGAGAAGACAAAUUUAUUUAAUAAAUUUAUUAAGGACUAUACAGGAAAGUUAGAUUCCUUAAUACCUGAACUAAAUUCAACAAUUUUGGAGUUUAAGGAACUGUAUAGAGAUGUUUGCAAGCCACACCAUUUGACUGUUGAGAUUGAUGAUCAUAUUAAACAAAUGCAAAAGGAAAUUGAUGAUAUAGCAAACAACGUGAUUGGUUCUUCUGAACUCACUUCAGUUUUAGAUCAAGAAAUGGCAGUAUAUGAGGAGAAAAUAGAAAAUCUUGAAAAGGAGAAAGCUCGAUUAAGGUUAAAAUCCUGGGAGUUAAAGAACAAACUUGGUCCUAGAUUGGACAAUCUGUUGACACACCAGAAUGGACUAUCUAAGGCUACUAUUCCAAGAGGAAGAUCACCGGAGGAACAAAUGCAUCAUCUAACCAGCACGAUUUGA